GCUGUUAGAUUCUGAGAACCCGUUGCUUUGAGUCGAAUUUAUUUGUGAGAUAGUGUGACAUUGAAGAAAUUAUCAUGAGACAUCCACCCCGGCAUUUGUCCGCGGGUUCUUUCAUCGCGGCUUUUCUUCUGCUGUUUGCACCUUCCUUGCGGGCAGAACAAUGUAUGACUGGCUGCCAUGGAAUGGGAACAAGUGGAGGUUAUACACCUGGACAUACAUACAUAUACGAAUUUGAGGGAAAAGCUGUAACGUCUCUGAGUGCGGCUGAAUCCGAUUCAACAAUAAAGCUUAAUGCACUGGUUGAAUUAGCUGUAAAGCCGGAUUGCAUUCAUCAAUUAAAAUUGAAGAAUGUCCGACUAAAUGGAUCACCUACACCACAAAAGGAUAUUGAACAACAUGCCUUACAAUUCAAUUACCACAAUGGACACAUUGAUACGAGUCUCUGUGCUGAACCUCAAGACUCUCAGACAUCACUUAACAUUAAGAGAGCUAUUAUUUCAAUGUUCCAAUCUGCUGUAAUGCAAGAAAAUGGGGUUACAUCCCAUCGUGAGACUGAUAUUUUUGGCAGUUGUCAAACGGACUUUGAAUUUAAAACCAAGGGUGAUUCGGUCGUAGUUAAUAAACGCAGAAAUUUGGGAAGAUGUUCAUAUCGUGAAAGUAUGAGACAUGCUAUCGUCCAUGCUGCUUAUGAUGAAUCGUCUGACUUGAAAUCAUCUCCGGUGCUUGACUCUGAUAUGAAAAUGGAGCAAGUUUUCAAAAAAGGUGUUCUCAAUAAUGCUGAAUCUACAGAAACAUAUAAAUAUAGUCCUUUCUCAGCUACAGAAUCUGGAGCCAAGACUGUCGUUCAUUCUACUCUCACUCUCAAAACAGACAAACCAGAUUCAAGCCCGAAUGCAGCAGUUUCUGUACCAAAGUCAUUGGUUUUUGAACCUCCUUGUCCAUUAACUGACUCUUCGGCCGAUGCUAUCACCAAAGCACUCAAAGCGGUUAAACAGGAAACAGAAUCUCAAACAGUCAAAGAGCAUGCAGCCGAGAAGUUUGGAGACUUAAUCAAAGUAUUACGUAAGAGUACAAAGAAUCAUAUUCUCAAUGUUUGGCGUAAAGUCAAGUCGGGAGCAGAUGGAUUUGAUAAAAAUGCUGAUGCUAAGACUUUCCUUGAUGCUUUAUGUCGUGCUGGAAGUGGAGAAGCUGCAGAAGUAAUGGUAGAAUUAAUUAAAAAUAAGGAAAUUAGUGGUCUCCAGCUAAUGGCUUAUUAUGCUAGUCUUGCACUCAUCGAUCAUGUUAAUCUGCCAGCAGUUACUGCAGUUACAUCACUUCUCGAUUUACCUAAUGUACCUCGAAUUGGUUAUAUGGGAAUUGGACGUGUUAUUGGAAAGUACUGUCAACAUCACGAUUGUCAAAAUGCUGCUGAAAUAAAAACAGCUUUGAGUAAAAUCGCAUCAAAAAUCGGUAAUGGAAAAUCUAAUAUUCGUGAAGAAGAAAAUAUUAUGAUUGGUGCAAUGAAAGCUCUUCGUAAUGCUAAUUAUCUCGACGAUGAAACAAUAGAUAAGUUGAUUGCUAUUGUUAAAGAUAAAUCAGUUCACAACCGAGUUCGAGUAGCUGCAGUCGAAGCUCUUACUGCCAAAUGUUCAAUGAAAUGGAAAAAACCAAUGAUUGAAGUAUUUGGAGACAAGGAAGAAGACAGUGAAAUAAGAAUCAAAACUUAUCUAAGUUUAGUUGAAUGUGCAUGCCCACAAACUGUUAACAUGAUGAAAGAAAAAAUUGACGCUGAGACAGUUAAUCAAGUCGGCUCUUUUGUAACAACUCAUUUAAGAAAUUUGCGAGCUAGUACAGAUCCAAGCAAGCAAAACGCCAAGAGGCUUUUCGCAGAAGUCAGACCUCGUACUAAGUUCCCUGAGGACUUCCGUAAGUUUUCGUUCAAUCGAGAAUUCUCAUACAAUAUUGAUACCUUUGGUAUUGGAUCCGUUGUCGAACAAAAUGUAAUUUACAGUCAGAAAAGCUUUGUUCCACGUUCAAUGAGCUUGAACCUCACUACUGAACUCUUUGGACGCUCUUUUAAUUUCUUAGAGAUUGAUGUUCGUAGUGAAAAUGUUGACAGACUCAUUGAACAUUAUUUUGGUCCAAAGGGAUUUUUUAGAAAUAAAGAGUUACCACAGUUAAUAUCAGAAGGUGAUAAAACUUUCAAAGAUAUGUAUGCUCGUGUGAAUGAACAUCUUGGAAAAACUACACGUGGUCGUCGCAGUACUAUUAAUCCAGCCGAGCUUGCUCAAUUCGCUAAAAAUGCCAAGCCUAAAGAUACAGAAGUUGAUGAAGACGUAGACAUUGAUCUUUCAAUCAGAAUGUAUGGAGUUGAGUUGGCCUACAUUGAUCUCCGAGACAAGAGUUCAGGUUUCAAUCCAACGCAUGCUGUUGAUAGGAUAUUUGACUUCAUUGAUCGUGCAUUUGACAAAGUCAAGAACUUUGAUUAUAGCACAUCUAAUCAUAUUCACUUUAUGGAGUUAGAUCUUGUUUAUCCAACUGGUACAGGUUUUCCAUUAUCUAUAGGAAUCGAAGGAAAUGCUGUGACUCAUAUCAAAGCUAAUGGCAAGCUUGAUAUCCCAGCAAUUAUGAAAGAUCCAAAUAAUGCAAUGGUUAAAAUUGGUUUUGAACCAAGCGCUAAUAUUGCUGUUGUUACGAACUUUGCUAUAGAGCCAUUUGGUAAUAAAGCAGGAAUUAAAAUGAUCAGCCGCAUGCAUACAGCUACCGGAUCAGAAUUGACUGUCAAGAUGUUGAAUGGUAAAGGUAUUGAUAUUAACUUUGGAAUACCAAAAAAGAAGCAAGAGAUCAUUAGUGUAUCGAGUGAGGUUCUAUUUGUCGAUAACAAAGGACAAACACACUCACCCAAGUUCCCCAAUGGCAAAGAGCAUUCUGAUUGCUUUGAUCAAUUUUCCACUAUUCUCGGACUAACAGUUUGCGGUCAUUUCUCCUACCCUUAUGAUACUAUUGAAUCCGUUCGUAACCGAGCUAUGUACCCACUAAGUGGACCUGCUAAGUUCGCUAUUAGUGUGGAAAACAAUGAUGCAACAAGUUAUCAUCUCAGAGCUCACUUAGAUACAUCUAAAGAUGAUGAAAAAUCAUUUGAACUUUUAUUUGAUACUCCCAAUAGUAAAACUAAUAGGAAAAUAGCAUUAAAUGUUGAUGCUGCUUAUAAACCUGAAGAAAAAUUUGUUGAAGCUAAAUUCGAUUCUCCAUUUAAAAAAAUUGCAGGAAAAAUUUCAUUACAAAAUACUGACAAGAAAAAAACACUUGCUGUAUCUCUGGAUCAUGACAUUGAUCAUUAUUAUGGAACUAUCGGCCUUAUAGCAGAUGGAAAUAAAUACAAGCCUAUAUUGGAAUAUAAGGUACCAGAACAUAUUGAAAAAUUAGCAGGUGGAAAAGGAUCUAAAGGAGGAAAUGCUGCGUAUAAAAUGGAAGGUGAUAUUGCAGUUGCUGAUAGCGGUGAUGGUAAAAAGUAUACCUUCGACAAAGUAACUCUAUUAGCCUCAGAUAAAAAAUUACUUAGUAUAGAUGGUUAUGUGCAGACUAAACCUAAUGGUUUGUUGGUUGACGCUGCUGUUUCUCAUAAUGAAGAAAAUGUAAAGAUCAAAUUUGAUGGCAAAAAACUUAACGAUGGUUUCGAUGUUAACAUAGCUGCAAUACCAUCUAAAGAUCCUACUAUUGGUUUUAAAUUAAUGUGGCAUUACGAUCGAUCAAACGGUUUAAUUGAUAACAACUUUGUUUUCAUCUAUGGCCCAGAUCUUGAAUCUAAAACUAAUCGAUUUACAUUCAUUGAUAAACUAUCCUAUGAGAAGAAUGAACGGCCAACUCAUCCUUACGAGUACUUAAAUUCAAUAAAAACUAAAACUGAAAUCACUUGGCCAGCGCAAGAAGUAUUAGUUAAACUUGAAAAUCAUGUUGCACAAACUGGUUUCGAAAGUGAAUUUAAUAUUCAAUACGGUAAAUUCAAAAUUGGAUCUGAUGUUGAAAUCGAGGUUGAACAAGGAGCACCACAUAAUUGGGAAGUUGAAUGGGAUGCUUAUAUAAUGGACAGUAAAUUGGCAGUUGGUGCUAAACACAAGAAAUUGUCAGACCACAAGAGGAAAUUUGAGGGCAAGCUUGAGUUUCCUGGGGCUAAGUAUGAGGUUGAUACUACUGUAGACUAUCAAGUGGAUACUCAUCGUAAAUACAUCCAAUUUAGUAGUGACAUGAAAAUCAAUGGAAAGAAUUUGAAAGUAAAUUACGGUCUUGAUGCUAAUCCUCAACAAAUUAAAAGCGAUGCCAUCAUUAGUUUGAAUAACGCUAAAUACCUUGACUUCCUCUUAAAAAUUCAACGAGCCAAUAAUCCUAAUGGAAAGCUCAACUUGAACAUGAAGAAUAUUGUGGCUGUCACUGGACAAUUCAAUUAUCAAAACGGCAAAGGAGACGCUUCAGUUGAUGUGGACUUCCCUAAAUUGGACCGUAAGAUGAAAGGAACCGGUCAAUUGACUGUAACUGGACCCAAACACGUUGGAGAAGUUGAAAUACUUCUUAAUGCCGACAAAGAUCCAAGCAAACGAAUUAAAUUUACAACUGAUUCAGAAGUAAAGAAGAAUUUCAUCAAUUCCAAAAAUGUCAUUGAAAUCUUAUCACAUAAAUUUGAAGUCAAUGGCAAAGGAACUGUUGAAGAGAAAGGACCUGGAAAGAAUGCAUACAAAGGAGAGGCAGACAUAACUUUGCCCAAUGGACGUUAUUUCAAUUUCAAAGGACAACAAGAUAUCAGUCGUCAAAAUGAUCAAACUGAAGCAUAUGGUAAUUACGAAUUAUCUGAUCAUUCAAAAAAAGACGCUCCAGGCCGUAAAAUAAAUUACAAAUAUGACAUGGCCGUUACACAACCUAAGAAAGAAGAAUUUGGAACUAAGCACGAGUUAAACUUUGUUAAUACUGAUGGAAAAGAUUUACAACUCUUGGUCGCAUCUAGACACAUGGCCGACAAGACUAAGCCUGAUUUUAAAAAAUGUGAAUUGAAAACAUCUGCAAAGGGUGCUUAUUUGCCACGACCAUUUGAUCUCUUAUUUAGCAUGAACUACAACAAGAAAAAUGAUAAUGUUGUAGGAAUAAAUGGAUUUUGGGAUCUAGAAUCAUCGUUAGGCAGUGAUUUAUCUGUUAAAGGAUCAGGUAAAUUCGAAGAUGGUGGUGAUGGUACUAAGCCUCAUUAUUCUGAAUUAGAUGUAGCAUUUGUUUUUCCAUCUGAAAAAUUACGUAAUCUUAAAUAUCAUGAGGCAAUAACUUUUAAGACACCUGAUGUUCACGGAGAGUUGUAUUACAAGGACGAAGCUGCAUUAACUUAUAAUGACGAUAAGACAAUUAAAGCAGCAAUUGAAACUAAACAGACUAAGUCAGAAUCCGGAAAAGUUAAAGAUGGAACAACAAAGAUUUCGUUAAAUUUACUCAGUUAUCCUCAAUUAACAUUAGAAUCUUCUCAUAAACAUGACGCAACAGCUGAAAUGAAAAAGAGUUCUGGAAAAUUAGCUAUUAGCUAUGGAGAUAAAAAAGUCGCUAGUGAAAUCGACGCUUCAUAUUUACCAGAUUUAUCACAAAUAAAUAUGGUAGCAAAAGCAACAACACCUUUGGAAAAAUAUCAUUCUGUUAACUUUGGACUUGUUCAUAAGCACAAUAAAGAAGGAUUUUGGGAAAAUGAUAUCUCUUUGACUGCUGAUGACAAGAAGUAUGAAAUGAAGAGUGAAUUCGAGAUGAAUCCUUCCGUUCAUCGUGCGCAUGUCGUCUUUGCUUGUCCUGAUGGAAAGACUGAGCUUCUUGCCAAAGUUAACAAACUUAGUGAAACUGAAUAUAAAGGUGAAUGGAAAAUUGACUCACCUAAAGGAUUUGCUCAUGCGGAUGGACACGUUAAGAUGGACAGUGUUGACAACUUCAUGAUUGAGACGAAUUUCGAUAGUGACAAGAUCAAACAUCGUAAGAUUCAUGCAACAAUUAGCACGGCGCCUGCAGUCAAGACUGGAAAGAGAAUCGUUUUGACAGUGACUAGCGAUGGAAAGAAUAUUAUUACUGGAAGUACGAAUUAUAGUAAACGGGAUGAAGCUGGAAAGAUCAUUGUUGAAGGAAACGGUAAUUUGAAAAUUGGAGAAAAUACAAGGAGUUCAAAGUUUACUUAUUCGCGCAAGCAAUUGACACGAGAGAACGAUGGAGAAACUGGUGUUGCUAUUUUGUUGAAUGCCAACUUUGGUCCUUCAGCAGUUGUUGGGGAACUCAAGCUCUCAGACAAAGAAGUACUAGUAUUUAAUAGCUACUGUGAGCAGAGCAAAGAUUGUGCUCACUUCAAAUUGCAAUCCAAUGUCGAUACUAAUCAGAAAACUCCUAUUGACCAUCAAAUAACUGUCGAAGUCGACCUCAAGAAAUUCAAUGUACCUGUCGAGUUUGGUUUGAAAACCAAUACAAAGUAUCAAGCCAAAGAAAUGACAUUUGAUCAUGCUGCCAACUUAUAUCUACAUACUUCUAAAGAUAAAACUCAAUAUUCAUCUAAAAUAUACAUGCAUCCUAAAGAGUCGGCUAUCAUAUUGACACUACCAAGCCGCGAAUUAGCUUUGAUCGCAGCUGUUGAUGUUCCGAAAAAUAAAUUCCCAAUGGGUCCAUAUAAAAUUGAUAUUUCUGCUUACUUAGAUCGUAAAAAUCAUCCUAAUGAUAAAACUAGCUUUGUUGCUAAUGGUGAUCUUAAUGUAGAGAAAAAUGCAUUCUCUAUCGCUGGUGAAUCUCGAUUCAUUUAUCCAACACAGACGAAGGAUAUGGUCAUUAAGGGUAAGCUCGCUUAUGGUGGAGACAAUUUACUCGAUGCUAAUGUUGACAUUGACGUUUUUGCAAAAAAGCCUCAGAAGAUUACCAUAGUUACACGGUUAGUGAAAAACAGUAUUCCAAAAGGUUACAAUAUCACUGGGGAUAUUGAGAUUACUAGCCGCGGACAGCAACUGAAAGUUGACAUCGAUCAGCACCUAACACUCUCUCCAACUGAUAUUGGCUUCGGAUCUAUGAUGGCAUACACAGACCAGAAUCAAAAACCAAAGAGUAUGGGUGUGUUAUUUUCUCUUAAUGCGGUUGAAGCUCAUCUGCUUGUUCAAGCUCCAACUAGAACUGUAAUGAAAGUCGAUUCAAAGAUGAAGUCAACAUUCGAAACAGCAUCAAAGAAUUCUAUUGAAUUAAAUUCUGAAGUUGUUAUAUUAGACAAUCCGCCUGUGGUUAUUUUAUUGGAAGCACGCGAUUUCAACAGAUUUAAAUAUCAAAGCUACAGAAAGGAUAAACCUGACACGAAAUUCGUAGCUGAUGGACACUUGGUGAUUGGACAAGUAGCUGAAUUCCACGCUGAUGCUUACAAGAAUGGUGAAAAGAAACCAAUGUUUAAUAUUGGAGUUUAUUUGGAUGAAAGCCGAUUCCUCAAACCUACUUUUGGCUAUAACAAAGACAAUGUCGCUUACAUGAUUGAUUUCUACCGUGAACGCAUUGUUAAACAUCUAGAACAGAUGAAACAAGCUGCUAAAGAAGUAGCUGAUGAAGCAAAUGUUGAGUUUAAAGAUCUUUAUGAACAUUUGAAAAAAGCUCAGCCUAACUGGAAACCCAUUAUUGAUUAUUAUGAAGCAGAGCUUGAAAAAUUGAAACAAGAAUUAAAUGCCGACACGACAAUCAAAGAAAUCCAAGCAACUUUAAAUAAAGUAUUUGGUGGAUUUGUUACAGCUCUUACUGACGUUGUCAACCAAUUGAGUAAACGUAUGGUAGAACUGAACAAACAAUUACAUGAAAUUGGAGAAAAAAUAAUGCAUGCUGUGAAAGCUACUUAUCCUAAAUUAAAAGAAUCAUUCGAUAAAGUAGCACAUGCUGUUAUAGAAAUUACUGAUGCAGCUAGUAAACUUGUUGCAACUUAUAUUAAAGCUAUUCUUGACAUUCUUAAUCAACAUCAGAAAGAAAUUAAAGAACUUAUUUCUGUAGUUAGUGAACUUAUUCAUGAUAUAGCUAAAGUAUUCCUUAAGGCAUACGGUGAAAUUGAAAACGAAGUGAAAAACUUCAUUAAGCUUUUCACUGGACAGGUUCAAGCGUUACCAAUUUACGAAAUCAUGAAAGAAAAAUACCAAGAACUUUCUAAUUUCAAAGUACCCGAUACUAUUUUAGUGCCAAUUGAAGAAGCUUUUAUUCAACUAAAACGAGUACUUCCUACCGAAGAACUUCGAGAAUUCUUCACUGUUACGUAUAAUUACAUCAUGAAACACCUUAAACAUCAGAAGAUUGACGACGGUGCUGAAAUUAAAAACAUUUACAACCAUGCGAUCGAUGCAAUUCACUCUAUUAUUGAAUUAUUGAGGAAUCGAGGUGGCGCUGAACAAUUUUACGGGCUAUUUGACAUGAAACUGCCUACUGGUUUUGGAAAUUUGAAGGAUCUGCCUGGUAUUCCGGUUUUGAGAGUGUCUAUUAUUAAUCUUCUCAGAAAUAAUGAGCUUCCAUCGAUUACUGACUUGUAUUAUGCUUACCGACCUACUCAUUAUGCAUCUGACAUCAUUCCACCAUUCAGUAAAAUUGGAGUUGUUGUCGAGGGAGGUCAUUUCUUUACCUACGAUGGUCGUCAUCUUACCAUGCCUGGUACUUGCGAUUAUGUUUUGGCUCAAGAUACACGCGAUGGCAAUUUCUCUGUUGUUGGCAGCUUUAACAAUGGAAAACUUAUCAGUAUCACUAUCGUUGCUCCGGGAGAAAGCAUCACGCUCAAAUCUAAUGGCAAUAUCUUGGUAAACGACAAAGCUGCAGAAUAUCCCGCAAGCACAGCAAAUCUUCAUGCAUUCCUUACUCCUCCUAUUGUCAAUGUCAAAUCCGACUACGGUAUUCAUGUAGCUUGUAGUCAUAAAGCUCCGAUGAUUUGUAGUGUUCGUGUAUCUGGUUUCUAUCACGGAAGACUGCGUGGACUCUUUGGUGAUGCAAAUAAUGAACCUUAUGAUGAUUUCACUUUGCCUUCAGGCCAUAUUACUGAAAAGGAAUCAGAGUUCGGAAAUGCAUACAGAUUAAAUUCAGGAUGUGCUGAAGCACCAACAGCAGAUCAUCAAAAUCACCAACGAAAUCCAACGUGUACUGAAUAUUUCACCGGAAGCUCUUCUAUGAGCUCCUGCUUUAAUUAUGUAAAUCCGACAAUAUACCGUCAAGCCUGUGACCACGCUACAAGUGCGGGAACCCCACGAGCCACUUGCUUGAUGUCCGCUGCUUACGUCGCAGCAUGCCGUCAUCAACGAGUUUAUAUUUCAAUUCCCUCUGCUUGUGGUAGCUGUAAACUCGGAAAAGAUGAAAUUGCCAUCGGAGAUUCAUUUAGUGUAAAAAUCCCCAAGAAGGAAGCAGACGUCAUCUUUGUCGUCGAACAAGAUUCGAAAAACGAAAAGAUAUUUAAAGAGCUCAUAACUCCACUUAUUUCAGAACUUAAAAAUGAAUUAGCUCAUCAUGGAAUUACGGAUGUACGUAUUGGCCUAAUUGGUUACGCUGAUAAUAUGAAAUGGCCUCAACAUUACACAACUGGUGGAAGCAUGAAUAUUGAUGGUGAAGUUAAAAAUAUGAACUUCAGCCCAAGCUCUCCUUUAAUCAGUUUGAAGGAAGCCAAAGAAGGAGACACUCAAACAAGACUUAAGUUUGCUAAACAAAGGCUGGAUGUUGAGUUAGGAACAUUCAAACUUACUGAUGCUUAUGAAGAAGCUGUUCGUUAUCCAUUCCGUACUGGCGCAGCUAAAAUUGUAGUUGGAGUAAUUGCUAAUCCUUGUGAGAAGAGCCCUCUUCCACUUUCACUUCAACAAUUGAGACUCUUUAUGGGAGAGAAAGUCUAUCGAGAUUUAGGACUGACUUACUAUCAUGUUGGAUAUCUGAAAGACAUUUUAGUAUCUGGUAAACCGCAGAAAAAUAUUGUGGGCUACGAUGCUGAUGCGGGCUAUACAUUCAGUGACAAAAAGAAGCCAUUGGAAGGCAGCAUUGAUAAAAAUAACUUAGUCCUCAGUAGCAAUGAUGUGUGUGCUGGUUUCGCACUUAGUUCGGGAGGUGCUGCAUUCAGCUCUAACCACUUCUUAGACGCUAAACAAAACCAGAAAAAACAAUUCAUUUCAAUUAUGGCUCGAAGACUAGCUGAGGGAAUUACGGAGGUGGAAUUGAAUGAAGAUUGUGUGUGUAAACAACAGCGUGGACUUGAUGGACAUGCCAAUUGUAAAAUUGUUGGUCGUAAAGAGAAAGGACACACUAAAAAUGGUGCUAAGGGUUGAGUAUCUGUAAAAGUGAACAUUUAACUUUUGAUUAUUAAAUAUUACUAGAUAUUGUGCUGCGCUAAGAAAUAUUUUUUAUUAAAUUAAAAAUCCCCUGUACGAUACUAUAUAUGUAAUUCAAAUGUGAAUAUCUAAUAAAUACAUGUAUCUAGUAAAUGAUG